AUGUCACGCCGAGCAUGGAACAGUGUGAUGGAAGCGAUCACAGGCCGGGAGGCCAAAACUCAAUGGCCGAAAUCAGCAAGUGAUUUGGAAAAUCACGGUGUCCGCUUCGAUUAUGAUGGCACUAUUGAAGAGAACGGCCAUGUGUACCACAAAUACCAGGUCCAGCCGAAUGCUGGAAAGAUUCCCAGUUCAUGGAAAGACUGGAGAGAUAAGAAUGGGGGGACUCAUGCCGUCAUCGGAACCGUUAAAGUCAAGCAAGAUGCGACAAAAGACGACGUUGAUGAGGCACUCAAGUCACUUGAGGAACAGCUUUGAAGGCACUGUGAGUCAUCAGUUCCUCAAGUCUAACUGACUGAAAUUAAUUAUGGUCUUUGAAG